AUGACAUUAAAUGAAUCGUUACCAAAGGUUAUUAUACUUGCUGGAACCACUGGAACAGGAAAAUCCAAUAUUGGAGUCUAUUUAUCAAAGCAUUAUGAAAAUAAAUAUUCAAACAUUAAAUUUGUAGAAGGUGAUGAUUUACAUCCAGAGGAGAAUAUAAUAAAGAUGUCAACAGGACACCCGUUGAAUGAUGAUGAUCGUUGGGAAUGGUUGAAAACCGUAGCACAUAGGGGGGCUGAGUAUGCUACGAAAGGACACGCUAUAGGAUAUUCUCAAGGAUUUUCUAUUGUAGCUUGCUCAAGUUUAAAGUUGAAAUAUAGAGAUUUGAUUAGACAAGUAGAACCUAAUGUAAACUUUUAUUUUAUAUUUCUAUAUGCUUCAAAGGAUACUAUUUACAGUAGACUAAGACAAAGAAAAGGACAUUUUAUGAAGGCUAAUAUGCUUGAUUCCCAAUUUGCAGAUUUAGAAUUACCAGAUGUUACUAAAGAGAAGAAUUGUUUUAUUGUUAACAUGGAUGGGUUAACUUUUGAAAAGAUAGAAAAGAAGGUUUUAUCACUUUGUGAUACAUAUAUUAUAUUAUAG